UCACUGUCAAGGACGUUAACUCUCACGGUACGAUAUUCUACUUUUUUUUUACUCUUAUUGAACAAGAAGGAAGAGAGAGAGAAGAAAAAAAAAGAAAAACAUAUAUACAUUACGAGAAAGAAAAAAAAAAAAAAAAAAUUAUAGCCUUCCCUCUGGAAAAAAAUGACCCGUUGGAAAAAUACGCUUUGCCCUCCCUCAAUUUUUUUUCAUGAAAGAAAUGGAUACUUUUUUUUUUUUUUGGAUAUGCUUUCCCUAUUGACAGUACGAAACACGAUUGAAUCUAUUGAAACUUUGUUUAAAAAAGAGGGGGGUUGGGUUCAGUUUGUUAUCGAUGAUUUUGUGGCUUGGCUUUUUUUUUUUUUUUUUUUCUCUCUCUCUCUUGGAUAUCUUUUUUAUGUACAUGAUAGACUAACGUAUUUAUAACCAAUCUAUAUAGCCUUCAUCAAGGCUUAUGCUGCC